AAAAUAGGUCCGGCACGUGUCACUGUCAUUGUGGGGCUUGGAGUUAAUCACUGUGGAUCCAGCUCCUGCAAAUGAACCCAAAAACUACUGGAAUUUAAACUCUUGGAUGUGUCCUGCAGCUCAACUGUGAUCCACGUGUGACGAUAAACAAAUACAUUUAUAAAAAUGUGGUUAACUUGCAUUUCAUGCCAAAGCUGAUUAUGCAUUCCUGCACAAAUGCAAAAUGUUAUUAAUCAAUCAAAUCAAAAUAAUUGCUUAACUAAUAACCCAAAUAAAGGAUGACACUAAACAAGUUGUUCAAAUUUGGACAUAGUGCUGCAUGCAGACCUCUGUUCUGCAUACAUCUCUAAAUGCAUCGGUGUGUUAAUGGAUUUUUUUUUCUCCCCCUUGGAGGGGUGCCUGCUCAGCAAGCCACGCAAAAGCGGUUUCAUCCAUCUGCGCCGUUUUCCCAACACGGGGCUCACUCCCGUCCCAAAGCGACGCGGCUGACAUGAUGAACCCGUCAGCUGAUGAGUAGCUGACAUUUUCCCCGUUAUCAGCGGCUCAGAGCUGUGGAAACCUAACAUGCGUGUGGCGUUGCUCGCGUCUAUAGCCGUGGUUCUGGCUGCGAGUGACUGUUAUUCCAGCCGCGUCUCCUCUUCAGUCAUCCUGCCGUUCACCGACUGCGUUCGGAGCCGCGGAAAGGACGGCUUCUACCGGGGAUCCAUAGACGUGACCGAGUCGGGCAGCCGGUGCAUGAACUGGACCGAAGUGGCCGGAUUCCAGGAGCGCCACCCGGGCAAAGGGAUUGGAGAGCACAACCACUGCCGCAACCCAGACAGCAGGAUCAGACCCUGGUGCUUUUUCAGGAACCACAAAGGCAGGAUAGACUGGGGUUACUGCGACUGUAAACAAGGCUCUGUGCGCCUGCAAGGUGGGCGGUCAAAGCUAGAUGGCAGAGUGGAGGUAUACCUGGGUGGAGUUUGGGGGUCUGUGUGCAGCAACGACUGGGGGGAUGAAGACGCUGCUGUGGUUUGCAGACAGCUCGACGAAGGGAUCUCGGGACGCGCCCGUGCAGUUCCUCUUUUCCGCACAAGCAAGACCAGAAUUCACUGGAAGGAAGUCCAUUGCCGAGGAGAAGAGCCAGACUUACUCCAUUGUUCCAAGAGUACCUGGAAUGGAGAGGAGUGUUUAACCGCUGCAGCUGUUACCUGCAUCCAACAGAAAACUGUUGUGACACUUCCUAUGCGGCUGAUUGGAGGGGAAUCCGAGUCAGAGGGCACAGUUGAAGUCUUCCAUGCAGGGCAGUGGGGUUCCAUAUGUGAUGAUCAAUGGGAUGACAGUGAUGCAGAAGUGGUGUGUCGACAGCUAGGGCUAAGUGGUGCAGCCAAAGCAUGGGGCCAGGCACAUUUUGGCAAAAGCUCAGGUCGGGUGUGGUUGGAUGAGGUGCGUUGCACAGGCAAUGAGCUCUCUCUGGAGCAGUGCACAAAAAGUGCGUGGGGAGAACACAACUGUCUGCACUCGGAGGAUGCGGGAGUGUCUUGCCACCCCCUUACAGAUGGUGCCACCAGGUUGGUUGGAGGUGCAGGUAGUCACGAGGGCCGUCUGGAAAUCUUCUACCAGGGUCAGUGGGGGACAGUUUGUGAUGAUGGCUGGACUAAGUCUAACUCACAGGUGGUGUGUCGUCAGCUCGGUUACAGGACUGGCGAAACUCUCCUUCUUGAAGGGCCAGACAUACCUCCAGGCCCACGCUUUGGGGUGGGGUCAGGUCCCAUUCUUCUAGAUGAUGUGAACUGCACCGGAAAAGAGCCCAGCCUACUGUUGUGCAGCAGAAGGGAGUGGCUUUGCCAUGAUUGCUCACACCAGGAGGAUGUGCACAUUGCAUGCAAUCCUGAGAUCAAUGGAGAGAGUCUUCCAGCUAGUUUACGGGUAAGGCUUGCGGGGGGAGAAAGCUCCAGAGAAGGGCGUGUUGAGCUCUACCUGUUCGGUCAGUGGGGCACUGUCUGUGAUGAUGGGUGGACUGAUCAAGACGCUGAGGUUGUCUGCAGACAGUUGGGAUACAGUGGUGCCGCUAAAGCACGCUUGAUGGCAUACUUUGGCGAAGGGACGGGCCCUAUCCACAUGGACAACGUGAAUUGCAUCGGUGACGAGCGUUCAAUAGCAGACUGCAUCAAACAAAUGCCCGGCACACACAACUGUCGCCACAGCGAGGAUGCUGGAGUCAUUUGUGACUAUGGUGAACCGCAGCACAGUACCAAAGAGGCCAAAGAUCCUGCCAUCUCACUUUGUGGUCUGCGGCUUGUCCAUACUCGCCAGCGCCGAAUCAUAGGUGGAGAAAACUCUCUAAGGGGUGGCUGGCCGUGGCAGGCCGCUAUUCGUUUACGAGGAUCCAAAGGUGAUGGGAGGCUGGUGUGUGGAGCAACUCUCAUUGACACUUGCUGGGUCCUAACUUCAGCACAUUGCUUCAAAAGGUACGGUAACAGCACAAAGCUGUAUAAAGUACGAGUGGGCGACUAUCACUCCCUGGUCCCCGAGGAGUACGAAGAGGAAUACGGCGUCGAUAAAAUUGUCUUUCAUCCGAGAUACCAUUCCCACAGCAAUGACUACGACUUGGCCUUGGUUCACCUGUCGCCAGGAGCAGUGAGACAAACGGCGGGAGAAUGUGUGUCAUUCAGCCGUCACGUUCUUCCAGUCUGCCUGCCCGCGAGGAAGGAGAGACUGCUCAAACAAGCCAGCAACUGCCACAUAACAGGCUGGGGGGACACAGGACGAUCCUACUCCAAAACCCUUCAGCAGGCACCCCUGUCCCUGCUGCCACGCCGCCUUUGCCAGCAGUACUACCACAGUGCCUUCACGAGCCGCAUGCUCUGCGCCGGCAGCGUCCAGUCCGACAGGCGCGUUGACAGUUGCCGCGGUGACAGUGGAGGUCCACUAGUGUGUGAGCGACCAGGGGGUGGCUGGGUGAUUUAUGGAGUCACAUCCUGGGGUCAUGCUUGCAGGACGCAGCAGUCACCCGGUGUUUACACCAAAGUCUCGGCUUUUAGCUUCUGGAUACGCAAAAUUAUUCGGCGAGACGAGAAAACGAGAUAAAAGCAACAAUCACCACACCAACUCAGACUGAAGGCUAAUCGUGAAGACUCUUAGGACUCAAUCAGUUAUUUUCAACGUACUUAGCUCAUGCUUAUCUUGUGGGUCAAUGUUAAUUGAUUAGAAAACAUUUAUGUAAAAGCCUGACCUGAUUCUUAUGGAAAGGUCAUAAGCACUUUUUGAACAAACAUAAACAUAACAGAGGAAGUUUACACCAAAAACAUGUCAUUCUAUGCCAUUUUACACCUUUAUAUUGUUCUGACAAUGCUCUGUACAUAUUUUUCAAUGUUUUUUGCAUCUAUGUAUUGUUAUUUUAGAUCAGUGAUUUGAGAUGUUGAAAAUGGACCAAGUAUUAUUCUUAGUUUCUCAUAAAUGCACUCAAGCAUGAAGAAUAAUCAGUGGAAUAACCUGAAUUAUCAAACCUGCACUCCUCGCAACAUGACUUUUAACUCUUCAGUGUCGAGUGCUGUCUUCACAUUGAUGUGUGCUUAAGUGAAAUGUGUUUCUUCAAAGUUUAUCAAUCAUGUUUUUAGGAUUUUACCUCGUGUACUUCAGGUCUUAUGUAACACCAAAAAAGUAUUUGACUUUGACUGUGUGCUAAGUGAUGUUUGCGCUGAAAGAAAUGUGUGUUUUAUGUUAAACAAAGCACAAAACAGUAUUUUUUAAGUAUUGAUGUAUUAUUGUAUUGAUAUGUUGCACAGUAUUUCAGUGUUGUCUAACUGUCAACACUUAAGGAAAACCCUCCUAAAAGUUGGACCCCAAACUUCCUGUUAAUUUUGUGUUAUGUUGUUACAUCGUUAUAUUUCAUAAACUAACUUUUCGUAAGA